AGUCCUGUUCGUCAUUCAACAACUUAUACAGCUCUGGACUUUCAUGGUGAUAGGGCGGCCUCCAAGCUGGUGUCUUUUGAGCUCUGAGUACAAUGACAGGAGUGGUGUUUGGGUGACCACGUGCAGGGAUCUCCUCUGGAACUAAAAAGACUAAGUCUGUGCCACAAGAGGCGGUGUAAUCUGGAGUUUUAUUCUGGGACAAGGAGACAAGACACCUGCUUUUAUUUCCUGAAGAUUGUUGUGCCAUUCUUCACAUGACAAGCUAAGAAGCAGCUCGGUUCCCUGAAGGAGUGUGUUAGGACUGAGGAGGUGCCCUUUAAGAGAAAACAGGUUUGUACUUAACUGUAAGAAUUUAGGACUGAUGUCAAACUGGGGAGUCUGCUUCAUUUUCUUCAUCCAAUUUCCCAUCAGAUGGGUUGGAUUACAAAACAGAGACUUCUGCUUGUAUCUUUGUAACUCUAUGGCAGUCGUCUAUCCAUGCACAGCUCCCAAAAUGAGAUGCACAUUAUUUCAUCUCCUCUACAAAUGAUUCACUGUUCUGUGCAACAUUACAUGUCGAAACUCUGUUGAUGUGUCAAACAUGUAGAGUAUGCUGCCGUGACGCUGUUUGAUCAAAUCAUAGAUUAGAUAUGAUUUUUUUGUUUUCAUUCAUUGUAACAAGCAGCUGGCCAAGCAAGAUGUUUUGACAUCUUUUAAAGUGUGAUCAUACAAGUUUUUCAAGCUUUUCUUUAAAUAUACAACUUACUCUGAACACUUGGUACAGUCCCCAGUGUCAUGAGAUUUCAGUGGAUACUUUUUGUUUUGUUUCUCUCUGGAAAUACCCACUUCAGGAAAGUUCCCAUGCUCCUGGGAGAGGACAUACCUUCUGAAUACCUCAAAGAACAUGUUUGGACUUGUAAUUGUGUUGCCGAGGUGAUGACAGGACAAACUGUUUACCACAUUAUAAACUAUUUAUAAAUGGUAACCACGGGUCAGGAGACCGAGUGGGGAGCACAUACUUCUUUUUUUUUUUUCAUUGAUCAUAGAUGCAGCACGCACAGAGGAACCUGAAUGUAACAGCAAUUUUCUCAAGAACAAGAGUUUGGAUCAGUUGAAAAUCCCAUGAAAAUCCUGAUGCUAAUUUUGGCUGCUGAUAUAUCCUCAUGCUGAUUCUGGAUUAUCAUCACUUCAUGUGAGAUUUGAGUUAUUUUCAGCUCAUUGUGCAAGGAAGAAUUCCAAACUAAACCAGGACAGUCAUUUAUUUGUGAAAUAGGUGUUAAAGCAGUGUCAUUCCAGUUUCAAUCAAGCUUCAUAGAUGAGGGAGACUCUGACGUUCUGGUAUAAAAGAGAUGACGUCCAGACUCACGUCAUUAAACUCAUAACGUGAGCAGGAGUAAAAAUAGAGCAAGAGAGAUUAAAGACAUUCUUUGAAGUUGGUAAUAAAUGAAGCCACACAUCUCUGCAUGUGAGAAAUCUUCUCAAAAGGAUAAACAUGACAGCUCCUCUUUGACAAGUUACCUCAGCAGGACUGGCUCUCACAACCAAUUCUUUACAGCUUGUGGUUUUCCAUGACAAACAAACAACUCUAUCAGGUUAUAUUGCUAAAAUACCAUGAAAUAUUCUCCAGCACUCUUUAACACACGCUUUUGUUUUUCAGAAAUGUCUGAUUCACCUCAGACAUGUAUAACAGUGGAUGAAGAGUUACCACUGAAUGUCGUCGCAGGCUCAGGCGACACACCAAACAAUGACAGCAGCCACCAGGUUAUCACCUGCACUGGACCAUGCCCUGCCUCCUCCUCCUGCUGCCGAGACCAGAACCACAGGAAACUGGCCAUCUGCAGCAUCAUCUGUGGGUUCUCCUGCAUUGGAAUCAAGGCUCUAAUAAACUCAGUCAAGGUAUCUUACUGCUGAGCUCUUUUCUCUCUACUUAGCUGGUGAAAAUGUCAGAGCCUAAAGCUGCACAUUCCACAUUUUUAUCUUGUAGCCUUAAACUGCAGCUGAGUGACGGUUUGACAAAUGGAAACCUGCUGACAAGAAUGAGGUUAUGCUGUUGGUGAACUUCUCACUGCUGUUUCCACAGAAAGACAGAAAAGAGUUUCUGUUUGUUUUGUUUUGUUUGAUAGACUGGCUGUAUAUUUUUAGCCCAUCUUAAAACAACAUGUAAAAAUUUGUUUGUGUAAUCGCAGCACAGAAAUAACCUCCAAAAGACAUUUAAGUGUAAGUGGUGAGGGGGGGAAACUGACAGUCCUUAAUCUGGGAAAUGAUGAAUGUCAAAGUUCAUCUGAACAAGAAAGGAAAAAGUAACCUCCAAAGUUGCAUCUUUUGAGGGAAAUACAUCUUCUUUGUGGUUCAACAGGAUAUGUUUGCUUGUUUAGCUACAGUAAAGGGCUGGGGUGGAUCCAAGAGGUGGCCACCCCCCACAAAAAAAGCCCUUCACUAUGAUUGGUUAUUUUGGCUUGUCAAAAAUGGGACUCAAGUUUAAAUGAACCGCUUAGGCUGUGUAGUCUCUAGUUUUCAUUGUACUGACAUUCAGCACCUUCUCUUGUAUAUACUUGACAUCAUGAUUUUGGACAUAUAGCUUUUUGAGUGACUGCAAUCAAGCCACUACUAAGCCACUUUGCUGUGCUGCUGUAGAAAUCUUAAAAAAAAAAUAUAGGCCUACUCAGGAAAACAGAACAGCAUCUGUGUGAUCCUUACCUUUAACAAAGCAGAUUGAAGUGAACGGAAAGGGUAAAUAUUUGUAAUCCAUUCAUGUGUGUGCAUUCAUACUUUUUGCAACCCCUAUAAAAGUCGCAGCUUGAGAAACAUCAGAAAAUACUUACAAAAAUUCCCACAAAGUAAGAAAUGAAACUGGUGUAAAGUUCCUGCGGAGAGUUUGAAAUGAUGGUGAAAUUGAAACUAAUAUUGGUGCCUCUUUCUGAGCUUCAAAAGCAAACAAGACUUACAUCAUAAAUUACGUGCUUACAUUAAUAUAGUAUAUAUCUUUUGUUUAUCCCAGACUGGUGUCAGGGUAAGUGUAAAAAACUGAUGAUCAGAAACAACUUUUUUUUUUUUUUUUUUCAUUUCAAUGCAGGUUCUCAGUAGGUGAUAAAUAUGGCUGUUUAUAGUCAGAAGGAUGAAAUUCAUUUUGUUAAGAAAAGGCUAGUUAGAGAUGUACAGGACAGAGUAGGCACAGUCCUGAGAUAGGAUCAUUAUGAAUUAUUUGAAAUCUACACCUCAACAACAUAAAUAAGAUUAUCCAGUAUAAGAAAUGGGCUUACACAUUGAUUUUAACAUGCAUAUGAACAAAACAUGUUUGCUACACUCAAGUAGGACUGUGGUUUAUGUUGUUAAUGUCACAGAUAUUGACAUCUACAAAGCUAGUAUUAUUUUCAGCAGAAAAAGCAGAUCUUUGCAAAAUCCUACAACAAUAACAUAAAGUACGUCUCACUCUUUGACUUAAACCGUCAGUUGAAGUAAUGUUGAACAAUCCUGCAGAAAACACAAAAUCUACUAAAAAGAGGUGCGUACACAAACAUGUUUUGUUGCUGAAGUUGAAUGAAAUUGUGAAAGGCUACCAGAUUAACAGUUCAUUUUGGUUUUAAGUUCAGAAGAAAAAUAGAAGAAUCUUUGAAAGUGGAUUAUUAGUUGUUAUUUUUUGCACUUACAGUUACUUCAGUGUCACGUUUUGCUAACGGUGAUUUUUCUUUUCUCUAUUCUCAACAGGCUGAGAAAACCGACAAUCCGGUGGUGGCUGCAAAGCAUUUGCAGCGGGCCAAAAAAUUGGGCAUCAUCUCCAUUGUGACAUGGGUUGCCUUUCUUGUUUCAGUUCCAAUUUUGAUGGCAGUGAUCUCCUAUCUUCUCACUCUGAUAGACUGAUCUACUUUGGAAAACCUCUGCAGAUGAUAACCUGUGAAGCAGCUCCUCUGAUAUCAGUUUUGUGGGGACACUGACACUGGACAGUACAAAGCUGAUUAUCAACUGAAAGCCACCAAGACAUGAAGAAGCUGGCACUUAAACAAAGCAAAAAAAGACAGGUUAACACUUUUCUACAUCCUCUUAGCAUUUCUGUGAGAAAUUAGCAUUUAUCAAGUAGUGGAGAAAAAAAAUGUACAACUUUGAAAUGUUUUUUUAUACGCUGUAAUAUUUAUUUAACAAUGUAUGAACAUAUGCACAAUUCCAAUCUAUAGGACUAUAUAAAAUCCAGCAUUUACCAUAGUUUGAGACAUUACACUACCAGACAUUUAAAUAUAUAUAUAGAUAAGAGCUGUGAUUCCUCAGUAAUGACCCAAUCCUUUACAGGUUUGCGCCUUAAAUGCAAGAGUAAAUAAAUAACUGAAUUUGUCAGUCUACAAAAUAUCAACAUAAACACAACCUUGAAGGAUUGGGUCACCACUGGAAAAAAAAAUGGCACGGCAGUGGUUAUGGCAGUGCAUCAUCUUGACGUCAUGAGAUCCUACUUUAGUUACCUAUGUUUUCUUGGUAUUUUUGCAUUGUCACCACCACGUUAGAUUCAUUGUUGUCAAAUGUAUUAGUAUGCUGUACUUUUAUACAAACCUAUAAACAGUUUUAUAGCAAAAUGACAAAA